AUGGCUAAGCCGUUACAGCUUGCUAUCCGUCUUUGUCUGGUACUACUUAGUUUCCUCUUUCACCAUGAAUGCUUAGCAGCUCGCCCGCAAUUUGAAUCCAACCAGCAAAAUGAGUGCCAAAUCGAUCAGCUCCAAGCCCGCGAACCUGAUAUUCAGAUCGACUGUGAAGCUGGUAGGAUUGAGUCAUGGGAUCACUACCAGAAUGAUUUCCAGUGCGCCGGCGUUGCGGCUCAACGAGUCACCAUUGAACCCAAUGGCCUACACUUGCCUUCUUACACACAUUCUCCUCAACUCAUGUACAUCGUCAAAGGUUGGGGUGUGAUGAUGACUGCAUUGCCUGGCUGUCCUGAGACUUUCGAAUUGUCUCAAGGUUCUCAACAAGGACAAGAAGAGGGCCAUGGCUUCGACGAUUUAGAACGCCAUCAGAAGGUUCGGCUCAUCGGAGAGGGUGACAUCAUUGCUAUUCCUCCUGGGAUUGUCCACUGGGUGCACAACAAUGGUAAUUCACCCCUUGUUGCCGUUAGUCUUCUCGACACUGGCAACGACCUUAACCAGCUUGACCGAAACCCCAGGAGGUUCUAUCUUGCGGGUAACCCAGAAGAUGAGUUUAACCAGCACGAAGGAGAAGGCAUAAGUCAGCAGAGACGCCAUUCGGGUCAGGGAUCAAACAACAAUAACAUCUUCGCAGGCUUUGACGCUAGCCUCCUUGCAGACGCUCUCAAUGUAGACAUCGAAACUGCCAUGAAAGUUCAAGGCCAGAAUGAUCAAACACGAAGCCAAAUCGUGAGAGUGGAGGGAAAAUUUGGUUUCCUCCACCCACCAAUUAGGUCAUCACAUGCGCAGCGAACCCAACAGGAACAACAAGAUGAGCAGCAGGGACAGCAGGGAAGACAUGACAAUGGUCUUGGGGAGACAUUGUGCAACAUUGCUCUAAAAGAGUACCUUGGUGACCCUAGACGUGCGGACAUUUACACGCCACAAGCUGGUCGCAUCAAUAUCCUCAACAGCAAUGAUAUGCCUAUCCUUAAGCAAAUGUCCCUCAGUGCCGAGACCGGUUUCUUGUACAAUAAUGCUAUCUAUAGCCCACAUUGGAACCUCUUUGCACAUGAAAUAUUCUACGUGAUCAGAGGAAGUGCUAGAGUACAGGUGGUAAAUGACAAUGGCGAGGCCAUAUUGGACGAUGAGGUCCGCAAGGGUCAGUUGUUUAUAGUCCCGCAUAACCACGCAGUCUUGCAGAAGGCUGUUGACAAUCAGGGAUUCGAAUACAUUGCAUUCAAGACGCAGGACAAUGCGGUCAUCAACACUAUGGCUGGCCGGACCUCGGUCUUGAGGGCACUGCCGGAUAAUGUGCUUGCAAAUGCGUACCAAAUUUCUCAAGAAGAGGCCAGGGUGCUGAAGUACAAGAGGCAGGAGACUCUUGUAUUGAGCUCAUCAAGUUCCUCCUAUAGUAGUUAG